AUGGUGUCUCCCAAGCGACCCACUAGAAGAGUAGAAUCAUCUUCUUCCAACUCCUACAUGGUAUUCUUUGUCAAGGUUCUAUUCGUGCUUGUCAUCCUAUUCAUGCUGCCGUCCAUGGUGGAGGGAGGCUCCCGAAGGCGGAGACGAGAAAAGAAGAACCGCCGGUCCAAUGCCAAGACGGCGAUUGUCUACCGUAGGCGAUUGGAUUGUGAAGCGGAUUGUAUGGAGCGUAUCAUCUACGCCGAAGAGGCCAUGAAUUGCAUUCAAGAGUGCGUGAGUCCCACCUGCUUUCAAGAGAUUUACGAGACACCCUUGGAGCCAGGAGAAAUUGACUUGAACAAGGCGAAACGGUUACAAACUUGUGCCGAACAGGAAGUAGUUGAUACUAGAAAGGUGGAACGACAAAAGAAGAAAGAGGAGAAGGAAAAUCAGUGA